AUGGACAGCAACAACGGGGGCGGCCUGGGCAAGCUUCUCGCCAAGCGCAGGCGAAGAGUCAAGACGGGAGGCCACGAAUCAGAUGCGUCGGGGCGAGAGGAUGGCCGCGAGUUUGCGCGAGACAGCGACGAUGCGGCGUCGAUCAACGUUGGCGACGACGACGACAUGGACGACCACAGCUUUGGGUCGUACGAGUCGGGCGGCGCAGAUGCGGACGCCGAGUCUGAGCGCGACUACCGCCCCGUCAUUGUCAACACGCCACCCACGCCCGUCGAGAGAACAAACCCCCUCGCCCUGCAUCUGGACAAGAAGCUGCCGCCUGUCAUUUCGGAGCCGGCAUCAGCUGGGGAUUCUUCUUCCUCCCAGGGUAUAAGCGCACAUCGAAGAACCAAAUCGGGAUCUGCCAGCAUAGGACCCAGCAAACUGUCCAACAUCACAGCUGCUCCGCUCUCGCCCACCCCUGAGAUCGGCGAAGUCCAGCCCCCGAACUCCGCAGGAUUCUUCUCGUCCAUGUUCUCAGUCGCCCAAAACGCUGCCAGCACAAUUAGUAGCAACAUCCAAGGUGGUGGCAUUGGGAUUGGAGGAAACAAGAGUCGGACGAAUCUUGCGUCUAAGCCACAGUCGUCGUCCCCUGCCGCAAGCCAAACGGAAACCGACCGUGCGGAACCCCCACCGCCUGAGCCUCAGCCCAGCAGCGGAAUGGAUAAAAAGGAGCCGGCAGUUAAAACAAUUGGAACCGGAGAACUUAGCUUGAGUCAACUUGGUAUUAUGGAACCGUCAGCAGCCAUGCCAGCCCCCGAAACGUCUCGAUUUCCCGACCUUAACGACACUCGUGCGCGGUCCGAGUCUGCUCCAGUCGCUGACGGCCAACCCAGACUCGGAGAUGACAUUGUCCUCGACGAGUCGCUCAGCAGGCCCAGGUCGCUGUUUGAAGCCAAUGGCGAGCAGGAGCAAGGGGGCUCGCAGUCUGACCAGGCCGAUGAGAAGAGCGACGCGCAACGGAAACGGGGAAGCUCUACUGCCACCACAAAUACGGUCGCACCGCCAGCGCCGGCUGGCCCAGCUCCGAAGCUCACGGGAUUCGCCAUUGCUAGCAAGAAGAGGAACCGUGAUUUUCACACAUUCUUCAAGAGUGUACCGGACGAUGACUACCUUAUCGAAGACUAUAGCUGUGCGUUGCAGAGAGAGAUUCUCGCACAUGGUCGGUUAUACGUCUCCGAAGGCCACCUUUGCUUUAGCAGCAACAUUCUUGGGUGGACAACGACAUUGGUUAUGAGUUUUGAUGAGAUUGUAUCUGUGGAGAAGAGAAGCACCGCCCUGGUGUUCAAAAACGGAUUGAUGAUAUCGACUCUUCAUGCCAAACACAUAUUUGCCAGUUUCACUAGUAGAGAUGCUACAUAUGAUCUGAUUGUCAACAUCUGGAAGCUCGGCCAUCCGACCCUGACUAGCACGCUCAACGGAGUUCGCCUAGAGGGCACCGGCGGCGACAAGACUGAAAAACUUGACGUCGAGGCCGGGAGCCUAGAACCUGAGACGCCGGCUGGAUCCGAUUCCGAAGGGGAUAGCGAUGAUGAUGACGAUGAGGACUUUUACGAGGAGGACAGCGAUCGAGACCCUGAACCUCAGGUAGCAGACGUCGGUGGUAAUGGCGGAGACAGUGGCAAGCCAAAUAGGAAAGCAUCUGGCGCUGUUGCUCCCAGCGCAGGAGUGGUUGAUGCGGCUGCCGAAGGACAAGCUCCCGCAGCUGGUGCCGGGUCGUUCCCGGGCCCUGCGACUCACGCUCCGACCGACUGCGGCGAUUCCGACACACAUUACGACAAGUUCCUGGCUGACGAGAUCAUCCCGGCUCCUUUGGGUAAGGCAUUCAGCAUGCUAUUCGGUGAAUCCUCUGCCGAGUGGAUGGGCAAGUGGAUUACAGAAAACCAAAAGUGUUUUGAUUUGCAGAUGGAGGACAAGAAGGGCUUGGGCCCAGACAGCCGCUCACGCAACUUCACUUACAUCAAGCCCCUCAACGCCCCGAUUGGCCCCAAGCAGACAAAGUGUAUUGUCACCGAGACGGUGGACAAUAUCGAUUUUGAAAAGGCGGUUACUAUCAGCGUAGCGACGCAGAACCCUGACGUUCCCAGCGGAAACAUUUUCCGCGUCAAGACCAAGUACUGUCUCUCGUGGGCCGAGAAUAAUGCCACUCGCGUGCAAGUCAACUGCACUACGGAAUGGAGUGGCAAGAGUUGGCUCAAGGGCACCAUCGAGAAGAACGUCAACGAGGGUCAGGCCCAGUACUGUAAAGACUUGUUUGCGGCCCUGAAGGCGGCUGUUUCUACUCGACCGCGGUCAGCUACUAACGGAAAUGGGGCUGCAAAGGGCAAGAAGAAGGGCAAGAAGAGCAAGGCACUGCAAUCAUCAACCGAAUCCAUCAGCCCCAGUGCGCGGGCCAAGAAGGAAGAAGCAAACUGGGGUUUAUUGGAGCCGGUGCGUCCCAUCCUGGAACCCAUUGUCGACAUACUCAAACCGAUUCUCACCGGCAAUAUUGUAUACGGGCUUCUCGUGGGGUUGUUGGUUGCGACUUGGUUUGGGUUUGGUCUCACGCCCAACAACAAAAGCCCCGCGCCGUUUGGGCAGGAACCUGCCAUGCCGAGCGCAUACCGUCUUGCGGCAUACGAUGAGAUGUGGCGCCGGGAAGACAGCGAGCUUUGGGGUUGGCUAGAGGAGCGCGUGAGCCUGGAGCGGCUCUCCGUGGAGCGGUCGAAUGCUCGCAGGCGAGAAGCGGACCCCCGAACUUUGGAGGAGAGGCUGAGAGAAGAGCGGAUGGAUGAGCGAGAAGUACAGGAGGCAAUUCGAGUCACGGAGGAGAAGCUCAAAGUGUUGAGAGAAGUCAUGGCGAGAGGCAAGCCGCUAUAACUUAACUGCACACCUCGUAAGAAGGAUGCACCUAUUUCGUUUUUCAUUGUCUUGUUCAGGCCACACACAUACGGCACAGCACAGCACCGCAUCCAACGCAGCGCACAUUACGGCAUCAUAUCAUACGUUUGAGCCCUUUCUUUAGUCAAAGUAUUUUCCUUAGUAUAUGUAUAUGUAUAUAAGAGUACGGAGCAUUGGCGAGCCCAGCGCAGGAAUACCACAAUUGUUUGCUACCUAUGAGAGGUUGGGCAUUUCCUACUAGUACCAGUGCCAUGUUACAACGAGUUGGGCUCG